AUGGCAGCUCAUGGGACAGCAACUCACCUUCCAGCAGGUCCGAUGGCAGUGUCAGCACCACUACCAGGCAAUGAGCUACGCGAGUAUGAGAAAAUCCUGACCAUCAGCGAUGAAAUCUUCUCGGGCUCUCAUCCUCGGCUCAGGGUCCCGCAACACCUCGUGCGCAAACCCGGAUCGCGCAACGGUCAAACCGCCUCUGUUCGACCUCAGUUGCCCAAAACAGCACCGUCGAGGACUACCGUGGAGAAGGUACCUUCAUUUGAGACGACCAAUCAAUCUUACAACAGCUCGCAGAGUACCCCGGCUGGAAAUGCCCUAUCUGCGGCACCACAGUCUGCCCGUGUAGCUUCAAAACCUACAUCUGAGAUUGAUCCGAUCUUUUUGACUAAAUCAGAUGAUUUGGUUCGAGCAGAACUACAGUUACAAAGACAGAGAGUGGAGAGACAACUGCGGGAUCAAGUGGAACUGAGGAGGGUGGAAACCAAGCAGAAAACUGCGGUUCAGGACACAAAGCCAGAAUUUGACGUCUCGGAAGUUUUCAAACAGGCCCUUGAGGUGGUGAAACCCGUCUCGCUGAGCGAUUCGUCAGAGGCCAGUGGCCCUGAUGGUCCCGCAAGCGACUUUGACAACAAUUCAUAUUACUCCAGUAGAGCUCCUGAUUCGCCUUUGCAAGCUGGAGCACAACAAAAGUCUUCCCCUGUGGCUAUUGUUCCACCCGCAGGCCCUGCUCAGCAUGGCCCAGUAACCCAUUAUCCAGAUGAGUUGCAGCGACUUGAAGCUCUGAACCAGCCUGGAUCUGAUCAGGAAAUGCAAGAUGCUUACCAUGUUGCUGACCAGCGUCCCAUGUAUUCUCAGACUCAGCCCCGCUACCACAAAGCAGAGGAUCCCAACCCGUACCACGAGUCACUCCAGAUUGAGACCGCAGAUGAUUCCGAGUACUCCCCGCCUGCUCCAGCAGCGCCCCUGCCAGAUGCUCGUGACUACCCUCGUGAGAUGGAAGGUGGAAGACAACUCAGAACAGAUGUUAGAUACAUCGACCGAUCUCGUGGCCCCCAGAAACCUUCUUCCCCUGCAAACGUGAGGGUAGUUCAAAACCACAUCACAUCACCAGCAGCUCCCCGGCCAUCUCGCGUCUCGCCUCUUGCUACGGCCAAAGUUCCUCCUGUUCAGCACCUUCGCGAUGGUCGAGUUGAACCUGCUUCCGAACAAGUCUACUCUGAUCCUGAUUCUACUCGUGGCAGUCCAGCCAAUGCACCAACCCCAGUCAUCAUGUCUCGCAAGCGGCGCAGACUCCGUGAAGGUGGUGAAGAACCCCGUCAGGUAUCUUACAGGACAAGAAAUGCAGAGCCUGUGGAGACAUACAUCAAAGAGGAGCCUGUCUCCCCGCCACCUUUUGCAGACGAUCCUACCACUGUUCGCAGCCGACACCCCCAAGAGCGUCCCAUCUACAUUGAUGUGGCGUCUUCACAAUACGCCCCAGUGUACGAAAGUCGUGGUCCGCCAAUUCGAGAACCGGUGUAUGAAGUUGAUCCGUAUCACGAGCUUUCACAAGACUCCGCGCCUCCGCGCACCAUCUCUCGACUCAGCACCAGACGCCCAAUUCGAGAGGAUGCAGAUCUCCGACGAGUUGCCAGUUUACAGUAUGCUCGGCAAUCAGACUAUCCUCGUGAGUACAUGGAGGCCCCGCCACGUCCAAUGCGGGCAGCAUCGUAUGUUGUGGAACGCCCGGUUCAGGAGCGGCCCAGGUAUUACGAAGAAGCCCCUUCUUACUCCCAGCACCGUUACAUCCCUGUGGAUGACUUGCCACCACCAACCUAUCGGGAUCCUUACUACGAAGAGGCGCCCACGCCACGGAUGAUGGCACCUCAACGUCGGAUUGUGUACGAUGAGCAUGGCAACCAAUAUUACGAGGUCCAUCCAACACCAAGAUACCAACCAAUGGCUCCUCCGCCGCGACCCUUAUCUCAGAUGUCGAAGGCCGUCUACGAUGACCAAGUUCCGCACCGCACUACCAGUGUUCGCGCGCCCUCGGUUGUCCAAGACCCUUACGUUGAACGCCGCUAUUUACAGGAGAUGCCCCCGCCCCAGCCAAUCUACAGGCGAGUUGCACCGGACUAUGCCCGUCCCAUAUCUCACGCUCAUGAGAGACAACCCUACGCAACUCCCCUGGAAGGCCAUGAGCCUUACUCACGCAGCGGCAGCGUUCAAGUAGAGUACCUUCCCCCUCGCCACCCAGCUUAUCUCGACGAGCGCGGCGUGCCCCAAGAGAGAGUAAUUCGAACAGCCAGUGUUCGUCCUCCCCAGCCUCGAUAUGAGGAGCCACAUGAAAUUGACCAGCGAGUUGGCAGCGUGCGUCCACCUGCACCUGGUCGUGAAGUCAGUGUUUUCAUGGAAGGUAGACCGGUGGGAGAGUACGUCGAGAGACCAUACUACAUCAGAGACAGACGGUACUAUGACGGUGAAGGUGAAGAGGGAGACCACGUUGCAUUGGACGGCGCAAAUGAUACGGUUCAGCGAGUUCGGCAUUAUCAGUAG